CGACAUCGAACUGGAUUCCUCAUGGACGCAUCCACCAUCCACACAAUGGUAUCUCCUAUUUGCCUGGACCUCGCUUUAUUUGCAGCACACUGAGCCCUUUCGUCGCUUUCGCAUCUACCUGCAUGUCGCAGCAUCUCCGUAAUUCCGAACGCGGCUUCGCCGAAUGACAUUGAUAUAUAUAUCCAUUCUCACACAGAUGCCGCCACCUAACGUCCUUGCCAACACCCCGAAGUUUGUCUCUCCCGCCUAGAAUUACUCUUGCCCGCAGGGCCCGACUCUUGUCACAACCCUCGUCCUUGCUAUCACCCAUGGACGUCUUUUCGACCUCAAACGAUCUGUUCCUCGAACCCGAGGUCACCUCCUAUUCGUCUGCGGAAUGCACCAACAGCACGUCGCUCCUCAGCGAUUUGCCAGUACCCGUCGAUAGCGAGCAUCAACCGUCGACGUCACACUUCUGGUGUACGAUUGCUUGACGACCAUGUCACUGCUUUAGUGCUGAGUCUGUGCCGGACUUAUUGCACUCUCGGGGAUCGAGCCUUGGCAUAUCAUUAUUCCUUUCAUUCGAUCUUCUGAGCUCUUCGUCUUCAACGUGUUAAGGCGGCACCUAUUUAUGUACAUACGUUGUGUCUAUCUCCUCGACUAUACGAUCAUGGAAUCUCGUCAUUCUUACAUACAUAUUCAUUUACAGGUUGUAUCGCUAGCUAGCAUUCCGCCCUUGUAUAACGUUCUCAUCUGGCAACUGAAGUAUGUCACCUCACACUCCUUUUCCGUUGUAGUAAUAUUUUCAACACUUCCCGGAAUGCAAGUCGUAUCAGACCGUGCUUGAUUGCACA